AUGUAUUCCUUUGCCAAAGCCGUCGCACCCGCUGUCCGCUCCGCCAUCCUCUCCAACUCCAGGGCAUCCAUUGUCAGGCCUAUUAGCAGCAUUGUUUCAAAUGGACCCAGCACACAAAACCAACAAACUCCCAGUGCCAUUAUUGCCAACGGAAGCUUGGUAAAUGCUGUCAGAGGAUUCCAAACAUCAGCUGUGUCAAGAGAUAUUGACUCUGCUGCUAAGUUCAUUGGUGCUGGUGCAGCCACAGUAGGAAUUGCUGGAUCAGGAGCUGGAAUUGGAACAGUAUUCGGUUCCCUAAUCAUUGGUUACGCACGUAACCCAUCACUCAAACAACAACUUUUCUCUUAUGCCAUUUUGGGAUUCGCUCUGUCUGAAGCCAUGGGUCUCUUCUGUCUCAUGAUGGCUUUCUUAUUGUUGUUCGCUUUCUAA